UUUUUCUUACUGGGUUGUCUCUUGCUCCGCUACCCACCUGCCUCCAGACCGCAUUUUUGUCACGGUGCCAACUGGUAUUUUAAUCAGCGCGUAUGUUGUGAUUACAUUCUCUACCUCUCUUUCCCAUUUGACGUCGGGCAGUGCGGAUGAAAUUACGUUCAAGGCAGCGACACUUGAGAGCAUAAACAAGAAGAUUGAAAAAAUAAAGGCUCGCUUGGCCUCUAAGAACAGAUAGCGUGACUAAAAACAGAGACCCUGGUUUAUGAACAGGAAUAUUCGGCACACAGGUCGUGCCCAUUGCGGUUCGAGAGGAUGGGAUAUGCACGCAACAUUUCCAAAGGAUUCGUCUUACUUUUGCUUGCAUGUUUUUUACUUGUAGUGGUCAGCAAGCGAGCGAGAACGCCCCGUUGUCCCGCUUCAUGUACAUGUACCAAAGAUAAUGCUUUAUGUGAAAGCGCAAGACUGAUUCCUCGCAGCUUUCCCACGGAUGUCAUGUCACUAUCAUUCGUCAAAUCCGGAUUCAGUGAAAUCCCUAAAGAAAGCUUCAUCCACACGCCCGCUCUGCAUCUCCUCCUGUUCACAGCCAACACUUUUGACUCUAUAAACGAGGAUGCUUUCCUUGGUCUUCCCCAUCUGGAGUACCUUUUCAUCGAGAACAACCAAAUCAAGUCAAUAUCGCCAUAUGCUUUCCAGGGGCUGAAAACCUUAGUGCAUUUGAGUCUGGCCUACAACAAUCUGGAGACACUGCCCAAAGAUGUCUUCAGGGGUAUGGAGACAUUGACUAAAGUCGACUUGCGGGGCAACCAGUUCAUGUGUGACUGUAAGCUGAAGUGGCUGGUGGAGUGGAUGGUCCACACCAACGCCACCGUGGACCAGAUCUACUGUAAAGGCCCUGCCUCCCACCGAGACAAGAAGAUCAACGACCUUGUUCCUGCAUCCUUCGACUGCAUCACCACAGAGUUUGCCUCCUACCAGUCAGAGAAGUCAGAGUCCAUAUCCGUGGAGGCGUUUGCAUUUGGGAAUGACCAGUAUGUGGUGUUUGCCCAGCCCUUCAUUGGAAAGUGCAGCUUCCUGGAAUGGGAUCACGUGGAGAUGAACUUCCGAAAUUACGAUGACAUUGACAGCACAUCCACAGUGAUCUGCAAGCCGUUGAUCAUUGACAAUCAGCUCUUCAUCAUCGUGGCCCAGCUCUUCGGCGGUUCGCACAUCUACAAGCGCGAUGUCUCCGCCAACAAGUUCAUCAAGAUCCAGGACAUCGACAUCGUGAAGAUUCGCAAGCCUAAUGACGUGGAGACGUUCCGCAUCGACGGUGAGUCCUUCUUCGUGAUUGCAGACAGUUCUAAGGCCGGUUCUACGACAGUGUAUAAGUGGAACGGAAAUGGGUUCUACUCGCACCAGUCCCUGCACCUGUGGUACCGUGACACUGACGUGGAGUACAUGGAGAUCUCGUCCAAGCCCCACCUGGUCCUCUCCAGCAGCUCGCAGUGCCCCGUUAUCUACCAAUGGAACAAGGGCACCAAGCUGUUCGACUGGCGCACAGACAUCCCAGAGAUGGAGGACGUGUAUGCUGUCAAGCACUUCCAGAUCGACGAGGAGCUCUUCAUCUGCCUGACGCGCUUCAUCGGCGACUCCAAGGUGAUGCGCUGGGAUGGUGCCCUGUUCCGCGAGAUGCAGACCAUGCCGUCGCGUGGCUCCAUGGUGUUCCAGCCGCUAACAGUGGGCAGAUGGCAGUACGCCGUGCUGGGCAGUGAUUUCUCGUUCACCCAGGUGUACUGCUGGGACACCAACAAGAGCCAGUUCGUCCACUUCCAGGAGCUCAACAUCCAGGCGCCCAGGGCCUUCUCUCCUCUGGCCAUUGACAACAGGCAGUUCCUGCUGGCCUCUAGCUUCAAGGGGAAGACCCAGAUCUAUGAGCACCUGAUCAUUGACCUGAGUAACUGAUUGGUUGAUUUAUUGGUUAUUUUGAUUGGUUGAUAUAUUGAUUGUUAGGUAGGUGAAGUUGAAAGAGGAGAUGGUGCUUCAAUAGAUUUUUGGGAAGAUCCUAACUUGAGGUCCAAGGGUGCAUUCAUGCAGAUCUUCCAUCAAUAUUAAUGAACUGUUUACGACGAAAGUCAGAGUUGCACUUGGGUGAGUCUCAAGUUAGGAUUGGGCCUUACAUUGUCAGACUACAUGCAUGACCAAGGCCUCAAGCAGGCUAUCUCAUCCUGAUGAAUGCAAUGCUUCAAAUGUCCAUAGUUUUGGGUUUUCCAUCAUCUAGCAUUGGUCAGUAGGUUUUUGUUUGUAACAGGAACAUAAUUAUGUGACUUAUCAGUGUAAAUACAUUUGCAAUCCCAUAUAUUUAUCUAGCGAGGAUAUAAUAAUAAACUAAAUGUACUUUUUAAUCUAUUUAUUAACCGGUUUAGAUUAAGACAAUCUGCCAAAUGAAAUGUUUACAUUUUUCUCUCUUUCCACUUGUAAGCUAAAUUAUUUGUAAAUUAAGCUUUUGUAAGUUUAAGAAGGACCACGAUCCCAGUUGGAUACAUAGGCCUAUUUGUUAAGAAGAUUGAUAUCGUUUGAAAAAUCGCGUUUGUGGUUGGGAAAAAUACAGAAUACAGUAAAUGUUGUGUGAGGAUCAAAAUGUCCUCACAACUUAUAUUUAAAGUAUUGGAAAAGUUACUAUUAACACUGUGUUGUUCAUAACAAUGUGUGGAAGAUCUUUGGGGCAUGUUAUCUAUUAUUUUCACACGCCUAAGAGGAAUUAUAUGAAAAACGAACAUGGGGAUAACUGUUAACUUUGACUAACACUUGUAUACAAACUGUAACACGUGUCAUCUUGAGGACAAGGAAAAAGACAAAAGUCAUGCUAUUUAGACUGAAUAAAAGCUUACAUCAUUGCAAUGUU